AUCUAACCUCGUCCGUUUGACAGUUUUGACAUUGACAGAUGUGAAAAAUUAUACAAAAAGCAGCCGAAGAAAUUUCACUUUUCUCAUGUUUUUGUAAAUUGUGAUAGCACAAGACCGACGAUUACGCUAAUUUAAGAAAUUAACACCCACCCAAACUAGUUAAAUAUGAUAAAAUUAUUCUCGUUGAAGCAACAGAAGAAAGAUGGAGAAGCCUCGCCACGACCAGGAAAUCAAAAGAAAGCCUCUGCAGCCCAGUUGAGAAUCACAAAAGAUAUAAACGAGCUCAACCUCCCGAAGACUUGCACAACCGAGUUCCCAGAUCCCGACGACCUGCUGUCAUUCAAGCUGGUGAUCUGCCCUGACGAGGGGUUCUACAAGACUGGUCGCUUCGUGUUUAGUUUCAAAGUGGGCCCCAACUACCCGCACGAGCCCCCCAAAGUGAAGUGCGAGACGCAGGUCUACCACCCGAAUAUUGACCAGCAGGGGAAUGUGUGUCUGAACAUCCUGCGGGAGGACUGGAAGCCGGUGCUUACCAUCAAUAGCAUCGUGUAUGGCUUGCAAUACUUGUUCUUGGAACCGAAUCCAGAGGACCCUCUUAACAAAGAAGCCGCUGAAGUGCUCACCACCAACAGGAGAUUGUUCGAGCAGAACGUGCAGAAGGCGAUGAGGGGAGGGAUUAUGUACAUUUUCGAAAAGUCGUAAGCCUUCAUAGAAACGUCAGAAAAUUAUCGCCAAUUGAAGAUAGUGUAUUUUACUAUAAAAAUAUAAAAUGUGAUCUUAUUAUACCCAUAUUUAUCUGUUAUUCUGUUCUGUAAUUGUUAUUAUAAAUAAAUUCUUACUUUUGUAAUAAACAUACUAAACUGAUGACGUGUUUUUGUCGGUCUGAACAGUCCAAUCAAUGUUACGUUGGUAACCAAACAAACCUGUAAAUUUUGGAUUUGUAGUUUAAACAGUUGAACCGACAAUGACAUCAAACUCAAUAUUCAAAAAGGUU